AUGGACUCUAUUUCCGCCAUAUUCAUAUGGCUAGCUCCAUACAUUCUAUCCAUGGCUGCAUUUCUGAUUUUCUUAGAGCAAAUCAAUUACUUGAAGAAGAAAAGAUCCGUCCCUGGCCCGAGUUUAGUGUUGCCGUUCAUCGGAAACGCAAUUUCACUCGUCCGGAAUCCCACCGAGUUCUGGGACCUUCAAUCCGCCAUGGCUAAAUCCUCCGACAUGGGAUUUUCCGUCAACUAUAUAAUCGGAAGAUUCAUCGUCUUCAUCCGUUCAACCGACCUUUCUCACAAAGUCUUCGCUAACGUCAGACCCGACGCCUUCCACCUCGUCGGCCACCCAUUUGGUAAAAAGCUUUUCGGCGAACAUAACCUUAUUUACAUGAUGGGUCAAGAACACAAGGAUUUACGACGCCGUAUUGCCCCCAACUUCACCCCUAAAGCUCUUUCAACUUACACACAGCUUCAACAAUACACCAUCCUCAAACACCUUAAAUCAUGGAUGGAGUCGCCGGAAUCCAACACUAAACCCUUUCCUCUCCGGUUGCUCUGCCGCGACAUGAAUUUAGAAACCAGUCAGAAUGUUUUCGUUGGCCCGUAUUUGAGCGGAGAUUCGAGGAAGAGAUUCGAAGUGGAUUACAAUUUCUUCAAUGUCGGAUUGAUGAAACUACCGAUUGAUUUACCGGGAACUGCUUUCAGAAACGCUAGAUUAGCAGUGUCGAGACUCAUCGAAACCCUCGCCGUUUGCGCGGAGGAUAGUAAAACGAAGAUGAAAACCGGCGAGGAUCCUACUUGUUUAGUCGACUUCUGGAUGCAAGACACACUCCGUGAAAUCGCCGCCGCGGAAGAAGCUGGAGAAAAACACCCACCACCACACAGCAACAGCACCGAGAUCGGCGGCCACCUCUUCGACUUCCUAUUCGCAUCACAAGACGCCUCCACCUCCUCCCUCCUAUGGGCGGUGACGUUACUCGACUCCCACCCGGACGUAUUGGAGAGGGUAAGAACAGAAGUCUCCGGUAUAUGGACUCCGGAAUCCGAUACACUGAUCACGGCGGAGCAGCUGAGGGAAAUGCGGUACACGGAGGCGGUAGCGAGGGAGGUGGUCAGGUACAGAGCACCGGCGACAUUGGUUCCACACAUCGCCGGCGAAGACUUCCCGCUAACGGACACUUACACGAUUCCCAAAGGUACAAUCGUUUUCCCAUCCGUGUAUGAAUCUUCAUUCCAAGGGUUCAUUGACGCAGACCGGUUCGACCCGGACCGGUUCAUGGAAGAAAGACAAGAGGACCGGGUUUACAAGAAGAACUACCUGGCAUUUGGAGCUGGGGCCCACCAAUGUGUCGGACAGAGGUACGCAAUUAAUCAUCUGGUUCUGUUUAUUGCGAUGUUCACAUCGUUGUUUGACUUCAAGAGAGAUCGAACGGACGGCUGCGAUGAGAUCACGUAUGUCCCUACCAUCUGUCCACGUGACGAUUGCAAAGUUGUAUUAUCACUUAGAUGUAGACGAUUUCCAAACCUCUCGUGA